UUGUUCAUUUACGGCCCUAGUCCUAAUGCACGUUGUUCCUCUUGGGCCUAAAGAACCCGCCGCUUAAACCCGCAGUGGGCGUGUUGGCAAGCACUGAGCGUACUCUUUCGCCAUGGCUGCCGAACCCCCACCCCUCUCUUCUCAACCUUCAAAGAGAAAGCACUGGAGAAAACGAACUGUACAGGACAUAGAGCUGGAGCGAUUCGACUCACUCCCAUGGAGCUCCUCUCUCCCCGACGACGACCCCUUCUCUAUGGUCGUUGGUACUAACGAACUCGAAGGAGGGUUUCUUUCACUCGAAGAGAUUGUUGAGGCCGAGUACAGUUUAGAAAUUCCUCAACCUGAGGUACGAAAUAGGGGGGAGAAAAAAGCUAAGCAGAGUAGGAAAUCGAAGAAACGGAAGUGCAGUGAUGAUGAUGGCAGUUCUGGUGAUGCUAAAGUUGAAGAGAGGAUGGAGAAGGAGGCCAAAGUUGAAGAAAAAAUGGAGAAGGAUGAGAAUGUGAAGACUAAGAAGAAAAAGAAGAAGAAGAAAGAAAAGAAGAAGACGAACCAAAAGGAAAAUGAAACCCAAAAGGACGAGGAACUCCUAGCUGUUAGCCAUGGCAAGGAAGAUCUCGAAGAAGAGUUGGUUGAUGAAGCUCAAUAUUAUGCAUGGAAUGAGAUGAGGCUCCAUCCCCUGCUCAUGAAAUCAAUAUACAGGCUUGAGUUCAAGGAACCAACUCCAAUACAGAAAGCUUGUAUUCCUGCUGCUGCUCAUCAAGGGAAGGAUGUUGUUGGUGCUGCAGAGACAGGUUCUGGCAAAACACUUGCUUUUGGUUUGCCAAUUUUGCAGCGUCUCUUGGAGGAACGAGAAAAGGCCGGAAAGAUGCUUGAGAGAAAGGGGGAGGAAGCAGAAAACUAUGCUCCAAAUGGCCUUUUACGGGCUCUAAUUAUUACUCCUACAAGGGAACUUGCACUUCAGGUCACUGAUCAUCUCAAGGCGGUAGCCAAUGGAACAGAUAUUAGAGUGGUUCCUAUUGUUGGUGGAAUGUCGACAGAUAAGCAGGAGAGACUCCUAAAAAAGAGGCCUGAGAUUAUUGUUGGAACUCCAGGGAGGUUGUGGGAACUUGCAUCAGGGGGAGAAAAGCAUCUUGUUGAGUUACAUUCUUUGUCCUUUUUUGUGCUGGAUGAGGCUGAUCGAAUGAUUGAAAAUGGACAUUUUCGUGAGUUGCAGUCAAUAAUUGACAUGCUUCCUGUGACCAAUGGCUCAAUUGAAGGCCAUUCUCAAAAUACACAAAGCUGUGUCACAGUUUCAAGCUUCCAGAGAAAGAAAAGACAGACAUUUGUUUUUUCUGCUACCAUAGCACUAUCUGCUGAUUUUCGUAAGAAGCUAAAGCGUGGUACUCUAAAACCAAAGCAGUCAUUGACUGAUGGGUUAAAUUCUAUAGAAACUCUCUCUGAGCGAGCCGGAAUAAGAGCUAAUGUUGCCAUCAUUGAUCUGACGAAUGCAUCAAUUGUGGCAGAUAAGCUUGAGGAAUCUUUUAUUGAAUGCAGGGAAGAAGAUAAAGAUGCCUAUUUGUAUUAUAUUUUGAGUGUUCAUGGACAAGGACGCACUAUUGUGUUCUGUACAUCAAUUGCAGCUUUGCGCCAUAUCUCUUCCCUUUUGCGUAUUCUUGGCAUCAAUGUUUGGACAUUACAUGCUCAAAUGCAGCAGCGUGCUCGGUUGAAGGCAAUUGAUCGUUUUCGUGGAAAUGAACACGGUAUACUUGUUGCAACUGAUGUUGCAGCAAGAGGCCUUGAUAUUGCCGGUGUUCGAACUGUUGUUCACUAUCAACUGCCACAUUCAGCUGAAGUUUAUGUUCAUAGAAGUGGAAGAACUGCUAGAGCUUUCGCUGAUGGGUGCACUAUUGCACUAAUCGCACCAAACGAGACAUCGAAAUUUGCUUCAUUGUGCAAAUCAUUUUCCAAGGAAAGUUUUCAGCGAUUUCCUUUAGAGAAUGCAUACAUACCAGAAGUCCAAAAAAGAUUAUCUCUUGCACGUCAAAUAGACAAAAUUUUGCGGAAGGACUCCCAGGAGAAGGCAAAUAAAAGCUGGCUCGAACGAAGUGCAGAGUCAGUGGAAUUAGUAAUGGAUAAUUAUGACAGCGAGGAGGAAAUAGUGAACAAUUUCAAGCAAAAGAAAACUACUUCCAUACAAUUAAAGAAGUUGCAGCAGGAGCUCAAUAUGCUUUUGUCACGUCCGUUGCAACCAAGAACAUUUUCACGUCGUUAUUUGGCAGGGGCUGGUGUUUCACCUCUCGUCCAACAUCAGUUUGAACAACUUGCUAGGCAAAAACUUGGUGGCAGCGGGGUUUCAGGAGAAAACAAAAGAAGGAAAUUGUUGGUUAUUGGUCAGGAUUGUGUGGAGCCACUCCAGGCACUUCGUAGUGCUGGUCAUGAGGUAGUGCAUAUGCAUACGGAUGUGAAAGAGAUGGCCGAAAAACGAAGGAAUGUGGAGAAUCUUAGGAGAAAGAGAAAAGAGGAGAAGAAACGUAUGCGUGAUCAGCGAAGAAAGCAGAAGAAAAAGCUGAAAAUGGGCAUGGAGUAGAGUGGCUCUCUGAAGUUUACACAUCAAAAGUAAAAAAAUGGAACUAUUACUACUCAUUGAAUGCAAGUUAAGCCUUCACUUUUAAAGUUGGUAUAUAUAACAUCAGUUUUUAGAUUUAUUAGCAUUACAAAACAUUGAAUUAGUCUGGAUGGACAUCUCUCGUACACAACAAGUACAAGUUGAAAAGCUAAAGAGGCUAGGCUUGACUUAGACAUAAGAUAGCCGCAUAUAUAUUUCAGGUUCCAUCUUGCGUAUUUGUUUUCUCUGCGCUGGCUGAUUGUGUGAAAGGCAUAUCGCCGGUGAUGGAGGUUUUGGAAUUCAGUUUUGCCAUUGACUUUUAGAUAAGCUGUCAUUUUCCGAGCAGAUUUUGAACUUUCGGAUUUAUAAGCCGUUGACUUAUAAUAUUAUACAGAUAUGAUUUGUGCC